CUCAGGCGGGAGGCGGAGCGGGGAGGGGCGGCCCCGCUUUGUGUAGGACUUUGGUGAGCUAAAGUAGUGCCACGGCUCAUUAUUGCCUUUGUUUUGGGUACUAAUAAAGCAGUACAGUUUUGGUUUAGCAGCGGUAGAUGGACAGUGUUGUACUGGAUGUCAGAUGUGAUUAUGUAACAUUAUGUGAUGAUCUCAUUGCCUUUUGGCUGAUUACAAAAUUGGCAGCCUGCCGUAAGGAAGAUCCGAGGACAUUUAUUACGAUAAAUAGCAGUGCUGGGUGUAUUUUUUUAAUUGUAGGUGGGGUUUUUUUCUUUGAGCAAUUCCACACUGCCACUGUAGGUCACCAGGCUGCUGCAAAGCAUUAACUUCCAAAGCCAUUGGCAUAACACAGUAGCUAUAAAGACUGUCCAUAUGAAAUAGAGCAUUUCUAAAGGAAGGCUCUGCCAUACAAGGCCAUAUUAAACAUAUGACAGCAUAAAACUUGAAAGCUGCAAAAGACUGCAUUUUUAAAUAGUAAUAAUAAAAGUUAUUUAACUCACUCUCUGUAUGAUGCUACAUCUGCUGAUGUAAACAAAAAGGAAAUGCUUUUUUCCUUGCUUGCUGUAGAACAAGAACAGGGAUGCAACCAAAAAUGGAAAGUCAGAAGGUUCAGAAAACAAAGUGUGAUAUGAAAACAGAUUUGAACUUACUGGUUGAAUGCCUUAAAUAUCAGAUGGACUGCCCUUCAUCUCAGAAAGAGGCUUUGAUUGCUAUCUAUUCCAUUUGUCAACAAAACAGUGAAGCAUGUGAAUAUUUACGAGAAAUUGGUGCUUUGGGCUUUAUAAACGAUCUUGCAAAGUCAAGUGUUCAUGGCAUAGUGAAGGAAGCAGCUUUAUUUACACUAGGAAUCAUAAUAGAGAGCAACGUUUACUGCCAACAAACUUUGUGUACUUCUGCAUUGUUUGAAGAUCUCAUUUUAUUUUUAACAAAUAAGGAUUCUGGGGUGAACUUGAAAAGAAUGUCUAUUUAUGUCAUCUUAGCACUGGUUUCAAAUAAUAAACGUGGCCAAACCUACGUCAGAGAAACAGGCUGCAUUGGUCUUCUGCUGCAGUUAUUCAGAACAGCUCUUUCCACACCUGAGCUGAAUCUGUCAGAUGAAAAUACGAAUCGCUGCCACCAGCUGUGGUCUUCAGUCUGUAGCACUCUCUGUGCCUGUGUUAACAAUCCUCAGAAUGCUCCUGUGCAGAAAUACUUUGUUUCUGUUGGAGGAUUGGAUACCUUAGCUCAAGUCCUUGUCAAGCUGGUGCAUAAUGAUUCCUGUCUGAGUCCCUCUAGCGCAAAACUUGCAAUAGUGAUAACAAAGACUCUGGAUGCCUGCAUUGCUAACAACUCUGCCAUGACUGUUGUUUUGGCGAAGUAUCGCACUGUGUCAGAGCUGCUGAACCUUCUGUCUAAUGACACUCUGGAUACAGGAGAGAAAAUGAGCAUUAUUCUCACAAUUGGGCACUGUACUGAAGUCUGUGAAGAAAACCAGUGUGAACUGCUUAAGAACAAUGGUCUUCCACUUAUGAUUCAGGUAUUAACUGAGUCUCAAGAUGAGGAGCUACACAAAGCAGCUACUUUUGUGCUGCAGAACUGCAAGAAAAUGACUGAACAAUUGUCCUUGAAAACAAAUGAGGAGUCCCUAAAUGUGAAGAAUGCAGAAGAGCUGGAGGUGGACAUGCAAAUCAGAGAAAGAAGUCAACAAAACUACUGGAAGAAAGCAAAAGACAUUCUGCACAGAAUAAACUUGAUUGAAAAAGAACACAAUGAGAUGAACAUGUUUAUGAAGGAAGGAGUGCAAGGAAGACUGCUUGACAGGACUUCAGAAGCCAGUAAUGAAGUGUCAGAAUCCCAUGAAGUGAAUCCCAGUGAUACAAAAGCACGUAUAGAAAGAACACACAAAGAAUUAUGUGGUCCACAGUUAACCUCUAAGUUGGAUGAUCGAAUUCUUGCUCUAGCUGUAAAUUCUUCUGCACUGACUGUGAAUCCAGUAAAUGCUUCUGCUAGACAAAGUAAACAGUGUGAUAUUCCACGUUCAGUUUAUGGGAUGCAGGCAGACACUGCAAUUCGAAGUCAUAGAGUAAAUGAAAAAACAGCUCGUGAAAAAAGCCAGUCUGUUCUUCAAGUAAGGAAAGGUUUACUUCAACAACCAGUGAAGGCUAUUAAACAUAUGAAACAGGCAAGCACAUCAGACCAACAUUCAUUCUACUCAGAGAUGACCAAAAAAGAAAAAAGUAAUUUGAUUACAACUGCAUCCCUUAAAAUGACAGAUUUCAUGUGUUUAGGUUGUACAACAACAGGACUGUCUUUGAAUAGCAGAACUUUUAGCAAGAUGUUGCAAACUUGUCCAUACCUGUGUGGCCGUCACAGAGUCAUUCUGGAAGCAGAAGAAAGAUAUAAAAAGAAACUUCAGAAAUCGUCUGGUUCUAACAGACAUGCAGCUUAUGCGAAAAUACUGCUGACUCCAGUGAAGAAAGGAAAACUGCGUGUAGAGACAUCUUUGAAGAGCAAACAGGAUGAUUUCCAAAGUAUUCUUUUGACUCCUGUUAGAAAAAGCAAACCCAGUGCUUUGAAUAGACAUGGACAUUAUAAUACUCAUUUAAUUGAAGAAUAUAACUUGCUACCAACAUAUGAAAAAUGAGCAAGAAAAACAAGGAUCAUCAUUAAAGCCUUUUGAGAGCAUUUUGGAUUUGGAUGCAGAAAGUUGAAGAGCAGCGUUAUGAGCAGUGAGGUACAGCCACAACAAUCCCGACUUUAGGGAAUUUAGAUGAGUUUGGACUCAUUUUGUGCUGCUUAAUGUUCAUAACAAAUCGUUGUGCUUUGCAGAUUUCAGUUCCUUUGUAAGUCCUUUAUAAAUAAUGCCAAUAAAGCCUUUACCAGUAAC